CCGUUACGUUGAGCUAAAAUUCCCAGACCGUUUUCCCCCGUUGCCACCGCGUUGUCUUCGGUCGUGCAUGCAGCCGAGAGCGAACCGCUUUUGGGCCGCCUUUUCUCCGCUGUCAUUCCCCAGCAGCCGCGAGUCGAGGCGGACAGCUGCUCACAAUCUGUUCGCCAUGGACUCGCUGGCCCUGCUCCUCGUGGCGGUCGUUGGCCUCGCCACCGGCUACAUGCCGUCCAAGCAGGAGGCCAUGCUGACGGACGCGCUGCUUCGGGAGAUGACGGCCGGGCUGCUGGACCCCAACUACCUGGACCUCACUGAGAACACCGGCCCAGUUCUCGCCAGCAGGAACCUCAAGGACCUCGACGCGUUCGACUACGAGCUGGGUGACGACAUGAGUCCCCUGAGCCCACACCCCUCUACCCGGGACGGAGAGUACCUUCAGCACUCGCCCUCCCUCUGGGGCCACCAGUACCUCAGCGGCGGCGCCGGUGAAGGCAAGCAGCACCUGCGCCCAGACGGCGCCAUCAAAAACCAGCACCAGGUCAAGACAGAUGCCGCCCUGCCCGCCUAUUGCACCCCGCCCAACCCCUGCCCCAUCGGGUACACUGCGGAGGACGGAUGUCUGGAGCAGUUCGAGAACACGGCUGCUUUCUCCAGGGAAUUCCAGGCGGCCCAGGAGUGCAUGUGUGAUACCGAGCACAUGUUCAAGUGCCCCAGCAACCAGCACAACCACGCCGACGGCAGGAACGACAUAUCUGAGGCCGACAUCGACCGCUUUGUGCACGAGUUCCAGGAUGAAAAUGCCCACAAGACCCUGGUGGCUAAAAAGUUCCACGUUAAAAAGUCAUCCAACCCUUAUUUGCAAGGGGAGCGACUUCCGAUCGCAGCGAAGAAAGGUUUCAACGUUCAGUAAGAAGAAAAUCAAAGACUAGCAAACGAUUUGAAGCUGAAACAUCAGUAGCUCAGUCUCCUUGUCUGAAGAACACCUUCACGGAGAAAAAACAAAAGCAUUUUAUAUUUAAGUUACAUCACGUUUUAUCAUUUCUUAAGGGGUCAGUUAAAGGGAUAUUUUUGUAAAAUCUCUAUCACUGGAGCGUCAUAUCACAUUCGGCUUUUAUUUCCUGUUUUUAAAAAGAGUAUUACCUGUUAGAUACUAUUCGUCAUAUUCAACUAUUUUACAUUUCUUGUUAGAAGAGGGUCAACUUUUUUUAGGGUGACAUGAAUGCCAAUUAGUGCUUUCUAAAAUAUUGUCUUCCUUUUGUUCGGUACCGGCAUCAUGAGAACGUUUCGAUUAGCUUCGAUAAAUGUGCGUCUUAUUUCCAUUGGGUCCAAAACCGUGGGCCUUUUCUGGAUAGAGGUGGAAAUUAUUAUUGACAAAUCUCGAGUGAAGGAAAAAAGCCUUCGGUUUAUGGGGAAAAGUCGCAAAUUAUCGAGCCGUGAUGUAAGAAUUACAUACCGGCAACCAAAAAGCGUCAUUGUGGCCAAUGUCUAGCUGUUAGAACGCUCAAAUUGCAACACAAUAUUUCAUAGAAAGCACUUCCUUAGGACUUAAAAAAAACUUUUUUGCUGGGCGCAAUGUCGUGAUCAUGCGUGUAAGGUGGUUUGCGGGUAAGGCGCUUAAAUUUUGUUACUAUACGACGCACGCAGUCCCCCAUAUUGUCAUCUGCGGUAGCAUAAAGAAACGUCAUAAACAGACAGGCUACACCGGCUGUGAUAGAUGGGAAUAAAGAUAUGUCGUUUAUGUCGUA